UUCUCUCUCUCUCUCUCCAUGUGCCUGCAAGCUGGGAGUUCUAUACUGGGAUUUUUCUGUUACUUUGUCUUUUAGAAAGAAUAAAAUCGAAGCAUUUAGUGUAUUAGUGUAUUAGACCGCAACAGUAGCAGUCUUGCACCAAGACUUGAUGUGAAUUUUAAUGUACUUGUGAAGAACUUUUUGCUGAUUUCAUAUUUAGGUGAUUUGGUUCAUCCGAUUGAUUUUUGCCAUACCAAAAAUUUAGUCUGUCCUCUGCCAUUGUUAGAGAUUCUCUAUUCCAUCAAAUUUAUCCGAAUGAAACAAAACGUUGGUUCUGCUAGGGCAGAUGUAGAUGGAUUAGGUUUUAAGGCAAGUGAUAUUGGAAAAAAGUAAGUGUGAUGUACAAUUUUGCUUUUAUGUUUGUUUGUAAACUCAGCCACAUACUUUCUUACAUUAUGCCUUUUUUUCACGGAAAAUAAUGGCAAGUACAAGAGGAAAGGAUAAAGAUGGUGGGGUCACGUCGGAUGAACUAAAGGCAGUUGAAUAUCAAUUACAAAGAACUAGGCAAAUAGAAGAAAAUAGCAAGAAGCUGGCAAUUGUUCGUGAAAGACGAGAUGCACUUAGAGGUCAUAUGGAAGCAACCCAACCUCCUAACAAGAAAAGAAAGGCAUCCUCCAGAAUACCUGACAGUAGAAAUGAACAGCGUGUUUUAAGGCCGAGUGCAAGAAAAGAUGAUCCUGUAGAUUCUGGACAACAACCUCCAAAAGAGGUUAUUCAUGAGCUUGAUGGUAAUGGUAAUGGUGAAAAGAAAGGUGGAAGAAAAAUUACUCAGAAGUUAAACAUUUAUUCGAGGCAGACUAAAUCUAAAAUCAAAAUUCCAUUUAAUGAGCUUGGCCAGCCUUAUGGGGCAGAUGCAACUGAAUUUGCAAAUUUCAUUGGUACUUUGGUGAGGAAGCAUAUAUCACCUGCGAAGUUAGAUUGGAGAGAUGUUGAGCUGGAAGCACAGAAGUCAUUGGUGUGGGAUCACUUACAGGCUUUCUAUGAGCUGGACUCCACUGCUCUGAGCUAGGUAUAUAACACUUCACACACUAAAUGGAAGGAAUGGAAUGCUGAUUUAAAGAAGACAAAGUUUGAUCCUGAAUUGACUGAUGAACAACUUAUGAGAAGAUGUGAUGAGAGAAUUAGUAAACGUGAUUGGGCUACCCUUAUUGAA